AUGGCGUCUCCUAAAGUACUUGAGUGUCUAGUUUGUUGUGAGAGUUAUGAUGAUCAAAACCUUUGCCCUCGUAUGCUGACUUGUGGUCACAGUUUUUGUACGAGCUGCCUACAGCGGUUACUCACUGUGGAUGAUAAAAUUCCCUGUCCCACUUGCAGAGUUGAAGUUAACGUAUCUCAAGAUGGAGUCGUAGGGUUACCAAAGAAUUUUGCAUUGUUAAGCAUCAUCGAUGUCAAACCUCCACAAGAAGAAGGUGAAAGUUUAUUCGAUUGCGAGGUUUGUGAUGAUAAGCAUCCGGCAAUCUUCUGGUGCUUCAACUGCGAAGAAGAUAUGUGUAAGGAUGCAGCUCGCUUUCACAGUCGCAGCAAAGCAAGUUGUGAUCACCAACUCAUCUCAAUGGAAUCAGCCACUGCAACUGCAUUGUGUUCAAAGCAUAGCGAGCCAUUCCGUUUAUUUGACGAGGCCUGCGGUCACGUGGUUUGUAGUGGAUGCAUGAAGCUUGAUCACCAAGGUCACAAUUGUUUAUCUUUAGGUGAGGCUGCUUCAAAAUGCCGUCAGGAAAUGCAGGAACUUGCCACUAAAGUUAGCGCUCGUUCCGAGGUGAUUAAAACUGCAGAAGCUAGAGUGAAGCAAGCGAAUCUUGACAUGAAAAAAGCGUAUGAAGAAAAAGAAGCCCAAAUUCAUGGCUUUUUCAGGAAGGUAGGUUUCCCUUUGUUUAAGGAACCCUCCCCACCCAAUAAAAGUCAAACGCUGUCCAUGUAGCGGCCAACACAAGCGAAGCAAUUUACGAAAACGACCUUGAGUUCGCAAGCGACGACACACUAUAAAGCGAGGAAAUAUUUUACGGACAGGAGUCUUGAAUCGUUUAUUCAACGUGAUCAUAGGAUCCAAGUCCUUAUCGUAAACUGAAACAUGAAAUACAAAAAAGGCUAAGCUAAUUUCUAACUUACAAACUACAUUCCAAUCAUUCCAUAGCAAAGUUGCAAGUUACACUAAGACUAAGCCGAAGAAGGUAAACGAAUCAAGACUUAAGAAAAUAAUCGAAAACGAAUUAACAAGUACAAAAUUCGAGAUUAUAAAACGAUACAUCUAAAAACAAAGCGAAAACAGUUCGAUGAACUAUAAAGAUCCGUAGAACCAUAAGGUCGAAAUACAAACAAAAGCUGAAACUAUAUAAAAACAAAGAGACAAACUACUGAAAAGAUUCUGAAAAACAAACUCUAAAACGUACUUAUGACCAAGUGAAAGGUGAGUUACAUUUUAAGUAACAUCAACCAACCUAUGCCACGUGGUAACAUGGUUGAGGAAAACAUGCGAUGAAAAAACUGGUGUAAGCUAAAGGAGUCUUAUCGAAAAGGUUAGGUAUAAUUUCAGCGGUAUACUUCCAGCUUUCCUGAAUCGUGGUCCAUACGCCUCCGUGGACGCAUUCCCGUAACCAACAAAGCUUUUGUUUUUUGCGUAUUUACGUACAUUUUGUUACCUCUCGCCCACCUCUCUAUCUCUGCCAUAUCAUAAGAUAACGGUUUGGAUUAGUGAUGAAAUGAUUUUUCUAUUUGAACUUGAAGACAAGGUGGAAUCAUCUGCAUAAAUGUCCAUAGUUGAUUUGUAAACAUUAAGAGGCAUAUCGUUGACGAACAAAAGGAAAAGCACCGGACGUGAAAUUGACCCUUAGGGCGCACCCUGCUUUACGGUCAGCUGUUCAGAUUUAACUUUCCCUAAAGUAAUAAACUGCUUUCUCUCAGACAGGUACGAUUUAAACCAAGCGACGGAAGAGGGACAAACCCCGUAAAUAGACCUUUGUUAGAAGACGUUGAUGAUCGAUUACAUCAAAGGCUUUGCGAAAAUCUAUAAAUACCAAACCAGUCAACUUGUCAUUGUCCAUGUUUGUUAAUAUAUGAUCUGUAAGUCUGAUCAGGGCUGUUUCUGUAGAAUGUCCUGACCUAAAAGCUGAUUGGAGCUCGUAUAACAAGUUGUUAUCUCGCACGUGCACAAAUUUAAAAAGGGAGCUGGCUACGUGCUUUUCGAGAAUCUUCGAGAAAACAGGUAAAACAGGUACUUUCUUAAAGCGCGGGAACAACAAACGUACGAAGCCGGGUCCUGAGUAUUAAACUGGUUAUAAAAUCAGCGUUUUUGCGCUUUCGUUUGCCUUUGAGUUUGCCCACCCACACAAAAACAAUUGACAACUAUUAAAACAUUCAUUUUAGAGGGCGUUUUUGACAACCCGCCGGUUUAAAAUUUUAGUAACUUUUUUUAAUGUAUGCACGAAGGCCGCGACGCAUCAAAAUGUGUACGUUUUCAGACGAAAACGCAUUUUAUAUGAGCAUUUUCACUGAACCUGAAGUUAUAACUUAUCCUACUCAUUCUCUAUACACGGACUACUGCUAACCGGCCUUGCUGCCUUCUUGUAUGAAUGGGUUUCUCUGUCGCGCCCACAAACAAUGCAAUACCACGGAGGAAAUCAGAAUUUAAAAUAAUAUACUUCCUCAUCAAGCUAUUUUGAGCCAUUUGCAUAGAAUAUUUGCUUAGAUGUUAUGUAUGCUUUGUCUUACAGAUUUAUGCCGCAAUCACUGCCAGAGAGAACCACUUGACAAAUGAGUUAGAACAGCUGUACAGUAGUAAGGCAGCCAUCCUCUCAGAGCAACAAGACCGCCUACGAAAAUUUCAAGAAAGCUUAGUGAGUACUGUCCAGAGUGUUUUGUCCAGCAUCCAGUCCCGUCACGAUCCUGAGCUUCUCGUUGCCAGGUCUGCUUUAGAGGCGACGCUUAGGGACACAGAAAACCAACCAAUGGUGCUUGAGCCAAAGGUCCAGUUUGUCCCAAAGCUUAUCCUUCGGGCUGGUCGUAUGUCAUUCCAUGAGCUACUGGACGCGCUCAAUAAAGGAGCUAGCGUCAUUGACGACUGA